GCAAACAACCCUAACCUUGACAAGUCACCGUGAUGUCACUGAUCAACCAAACUUCCCGUUCGAAAGCGUCUUCCAAGCCUUCUUCGCGGCGCGCAGAGACUUCUAGAGUAUACGCUCAUCCCCUCCCAAUCAUCUUUCCAGAGCUAACAUACAAAUUUCUUGGACUCUCCCUGACACGGCCACUCAAUCCUCACUGCACCGCGCUAUUCGACCCGCUCACCCGCUCAGCUUGGGUCUCAGAUUCUGGCGACGCUACCCUAUUAUGGCAGCGCGGGUUCUUUGGAAAAGGAGACCUCUCCAGGAGUGAACCCAGUUGGUCGGCGAGACAAAUAAAUGCGAGAAAAAUGAAGGGCAAGGGACUCACAUCCGAAGAGAUCACCGCCAAACGCCGUGCAGAGCGCAAGCAAUUCAAGCUCGAUCGUGCAAAGGCAAUUGCUGCUGCGGCAGCUGAAGCAGAGACUGUUUUCAAUGAACAAGGUCGUGUUAUCGCGCCUGGUAUUGCGCCGGAUGGCACACGGAUAAUACCCUCUGCUGCGACCUGGAAACCAGCAUCUACAUCCGUGCCUUCGGAACAAUCGCCUCUAGAUGUCGCACCAGACGAAGAGGAAAAGAUUGAGCCUAUACAAGACCUCGAGCAUCUCCAACUCUCGCUCCAAGAGGCCUUUUUCCUUGUCUGGGCACUUGACUGCUUGACAAUCUUACAUCCCGAAACCAAUACGUCUUUUACCCUCGCUGAAAUAUGGAAUACAUUCCAAAAUGUUUACAUACCAUCAUCGGUCCCACAACCGAACAUCCCGUCACCUCCACGGUUCGACAAUCCCUUUCUCGUGUCAUAUAUCGCAUACCAUCACUACCGCUCCCUUGGUUGGGUUGUCAAAAGCGGCAUCAAGUUCUGCGUCGACUACCUGCUGUACAAGCGUGGCCCCGUAUUCCAGCAUGCCGAAUUCGCAAUUGUUGUCAUCCCUGUGUAUGAAGACCCCGAAGAUCAGGCAAACUCACCGUUCAAGCUACAGAACGCAGAACCAUUCACGUGGUCAUGGCUGAGCACAAUAAACCGGGUCAAUUCUCAAGUUCAAAAGACGCUGGUCGUAUCAUACAUCACCAUACCUGCGGAAUCACGGGUAUCUCCAAAAGUUCUCUCUUCGCCCGCGUGCUUCGCACAUUAUUCUGUGCGCGAGGUCGUGUUGAGGCGGUUCAUUCCGGCACGCAUGCGAGACUAGCUACUCGAAGGGUGCAUUGAACGUGAACCUCGCGGGAGUAACGAGACCUCAGUGAUACUUUUACAUCACAGGCGGAUCUAUCCAAUCACGGUAUCAGCCGGAAACUGUCAAAAAUGGCCUCUCUUGGCUUCACAUGAGAUCGAUAUUGCUGCCGGUAGUUUGGCCGUGGAUUUCCUCGCUGCCGACAAGCUAAGGACAAGAAUAAGAAAAUUUACUAUUCCCUUUCCUGUUACUUGUGCAUGUAUUAAACACAUAUUCUUAUCUUAGCUCUUGAAAUUGAAGUACGCAGGAGAGGCGCAUAACCAGCGAAUUUCCACGCCAG